ACCUUGCAACGGACUGUCAUUCAAUUUAACCCCAUCAAAUAAAUAAACCAUCAAAGUUUAUCAUCUUUCAAUCAACAAAUCCCUUGUUCAAUCCAUUCAACCUUAUUACAAACACACGACCUACAGUUCCAACCUUUGGUUUCUUUGAUUAGUUUUUGUUACGUUCCAUAUUAUCUUAAAACAAAACACAACCAGCAACCACCCUCCGUCAACUUUUAUUACCUCAUCACAAUUAACUACCCAAAGUUUCCUUUCUGAUUGAUUUUUUUUAAAAAAAAACUUUAUACCGGUCUGUUACGAUAUAUUACCUGCUCAACAUACUUCAGAACAAAGUGACGACAGGAUAACAAGAUACCACAGUACACACCACACCACACCAAUCAAUCAAUCAAAAUAGAAUAAAAAUAUGGGAAUCUGCUUUAGUUGUUUCCCUAAUAGAAACGGUGACGGUAGUCAUACCCAGCUCUUGUUGGCUGAAAACGAACGAGAAGCGAUAUCAGCAUUAUUACAAUACUUGGAGAAUAGAUCCGACGUUGACUUCUUCACCAAUGGUCCACUUCGUGCAUUGAGUACUUUGGUAUAUUCAGAAAACAUUGACUUGCAACGAAGUGCCGCAUUAGCAUUUGCUGAAAUCACCGAGAAGGAUGUACGUGAAGUCAAUCGUGAUGUGCUCGAGCCAAUAUUAAUCUUGUUACAAUCCACCGACUCUGAAGUCCAACGUGCUGCUUGUGGUGCAUUGGGUAAUUUGGCCGUCAAUACCGAAAAUAAGAUCCUCAUUGUGGAAAUGGGCGGGUUAGAACCGUUGAUUAGACAGAUGAUGUCGACCAAUAUCGAAGUUCAAUGUAAUGCCGUAGGGUGCAUUACCAACUUGGCCACCCAAGAUGACAAUAAAUCCAAGAUCGCCAAGAGUGGCGCCUUGAUUCCAUUGACUAAAUUAGCCAAGUCUAAAGAUAUAAGAGUUCAAAGAAACGCCACUGGUGCAUUAUUAAACAUGACCCAUCUGGGAGAAAAUAGACAAGAAUUGGUCAAUGCCGGUGCUGUACCGGUCUUGGUAUCGCUCUUAUCCAAUGAUGAUGCCGAUGUUCAAUAUUAUUGUACCACCGCGUUAUCCAAUAUUGCUGUUGAUGAAGUCAAUCGUAAGAAAUUAGCAUCCACUGAACCUAAGUUAGUGGGUCAAUUGGUUAACUUGAUGGAUAGCCCCUCACCCCGAGUUCAAUGUCAGGCUACAUUGGCAUUACGGAAUUUGGCAUCUGAUUCAGGCUAUCAAGUUGAGAUUGUUCGUAGUGGUGGAUUACCUCAUUUAGUGCAAUUGUUGACUUGUAACCAUCAACCAUUAGUAUUGGCUGCAGUCGCUUGUAUUCGUAACAUCUCCAUCCAUCCAUUGAAUGAAGCAUUGAUUAUCGAAGCCGGCUUUUUGAAACCCCUUGUUGGAUUAUUGGAUUACAAUGAAUCUGAAGAAAUUCAAUGUCAUGCUGUAUCUACCUUGCGUAACUUGGCUGCAUCCAGUGAAAAGAAUAGAACCGCUUUGUUGGCUGCUGGUGCAGUUGACAAGUGCAAAGAGUUGGUUUUGAAGGUCCCAUUAUCAGUGCAAUCGGAAAUCAGUGCCUGUUUUGCCAUUUUGGCUUUGGCUGACGAUUUGAAACCUAAAUUAUACGAGAGUCACAUUAUCGAUGUCCUUAUCCCAUUGACCUUUAGCGAUAAUGGUGAAGUAUGUGGUAAUUCUGCCGCAGCAUUAGCCAACUUGUGUUCGAGAGUCAGUACUGAGCAUAAACUGUAUAUUUUGAAUAAUUGGAGAAGUCCAGAUGAAGGUAUCUACGGAUUCUUGAUUAGAUUCUUAUCCAGUGGCAGCGCAACAUUUGAGCAUAUUGCCUUGUGGACUAUUUUACAAUUAUUGGAAUCAAAUAAUACAGAAAUAAAUGCCUUGAUUAAAGAAAAUGAGACCAUCUUGAAUGGAAUCAAGAAUUUAAGUGCUGCCCAACAACAAGUACAACUGUCACAGAUUAACGGUGAAGACCAAUUUGAUGAUCCUAAAGUAGAAUUGUUUAAUUUAACCCAACAAAUCUUGCAAAUUUUAGGAUAGCCACUAUGCUAGAAUUGGAGGGAUAGAGAAGGUGUGUAUAAUAUAAUGUGGAUUUCUUUUUUUUAUUUAUAUAAGUGUUCUAUUUUUUAAAAAAAGAAGCAAUCAUAAUUGAUAAUAUUACAUUUGCAUACUCUCUACUUAACUAAAUGUAUUAAGCUCAACUAGGAAUCAACUCCUUCUCCUUCUCCUUUAAUGGAGCCUUUUCCUGUUCAAUUUCAGGCUUAUUAAUGUUCAAUUUACCCAACUUGUUUAGCAAUUCUUGUUCCUUGACCUGUUCCUCUUCAUUCUCUCUUAUCAUAGCCUCCAACUCUUCUUCAACUUCAACUUGCUCGGUAUCAAACAAAGCAUCACCAAUCUCAUCAACCUUCUUUAUCUCGUCUUCAAUAUCCAAUUUAAUGGCAUCCACAUCAUCUAUAUUCACCUUUGAAUUCAAAUUGCGCAACACUUUAGAACUAGUAAUUAACUGACUGUAUAUCUCAUGAUUCAAUUGUGAAUCAUUGAUCUUGGCAAGAAUGGUAGACAAUUCAUUGAAUGAGCUAAUUGACGUGUUUAACGACUUGUUCAAGAUUUGCUUUUGCGUUAACAAGUGACGAACAUGUUGUUUGUUGGAUAGUGAUUGUUUGGCCUGACUAGUUAGUUGGUCCACACGAUUGGAAAGCUCACUAUUCCUAUUUGAUAAGUGAAACAAGGUAGUUUUGAUAUUGAUUAUUCCUAUAUCGUCUUCAGUUAUUCCUGACUGACCAAACUUGAUGUAGGUUAUGUUGUCAAUUACUUUGAUUUGACAUGCAGAUAUAUCUCGCGACCAAUACUUCAACACCAUAUCAAAAUCUACACUAUUGAUCUUAUGAGAUGUAUUUAAUUGGUUGAACAAUGUGGCAUUGCUGUAUAAUCCAUCGGAAUAUACACCAGUGGUGGUAGAUAUAGUAGACAAUAAUCGAUUUCCUAAUUGUACCAAUAAAUCCCAUGCUAUGUAUCGUUCAUCUUUCAAAUCACCAUUGGAUAAUGCGGCAGAAAAUCGCCGUAUGAUACCUAUUGAAUCCAACCCCCAAUGCACCCAACCCCUGACUGAGAAGAUACCCGGUUUGCGCACAUAUGAAGUAGUUGCUGCCAUGUACUCAGAAUAAGGUACAAACACCCCCUUAGCUAUCAACUCGUCGACAACGAUCCCAAGGCAUUUAGGUACACCAUAUGGAGGUAAGCUCAAACUAACAGCCAAGCUAUGAUUUUGGGAAUUAACGGAAACUGCUGAAUCAAAUUGGUUCUGUGUGAGAAGUUUCACAAGAAGGAUGUGCCACGCAUGGAUAUUAGCGUCAUACCCUUCUGGAUUCAACUCUUUGUGUGCACGGAAAUUAGAAUAGAGAGAGGAUAGACGAGACGGUUUGAAUUCUGGCGUUGAUCUAAUGAUAUCCUCUAUUGUCAUCGUUUGUGGCUGGAUCAG